AUGAUCGCGACAGAAAUCUGUGGACUGGUCGACUGCUUGCUAAGACUCCGUGUCGAUACUGGAGACCCCGCUCCUCACGAUCGCAUCACAUCUGCAAAGCUUAGGAAGGACCCAGAAGACUAUAGCUUCGAUGUGAAUUUCUUUAAAGAGACCUGGGUUAGAAUCGAGGAGUUCUUGGCCGAGCGUCUGGGGUCAGGCUCCAUCAAAUCCGUCAAAACAAUAAGUAAAGACGAGGAUCUCACGUUGUCCGAAGGGGCUCGCCAGAUCUUACGGAGCAUCGAGGUCGACGUCAAGAAUGUACUUCACGAGUCGACAUCAGAUGAAUUUCAGUGUCCAUAUUGUAAUAUGACGCUGGGGCUUAGCAACAGUGACCAAGAGAAGUGGAUGCUGCAAAGAGACCUACUCAAAUACGACCGCGUCAGCUGCCCACAUAACUCAACGACAUCCAGACAUGAUCCCCCCGAGUCAGCUCUAUACCCUAAUCAGCCUAAGUUCUAG